UAUUACUACCGCUAUUAUAGACGGACCUUUAGUUCUCAACUAUCGUGUCACGCGAUACAUCAGCGUGCAAAAGUCAUUCUGAAAUGAUGAGCGCAAAGUUACAAUCUACUAAGCAUAGCAUCUAGUCAAUUUAAUAGCAACUAGACAGUUUUUAAAAUAGAAGUAAUAUAACUGGUGCUAUAACCAUAGAUGAUAUCCCGUAAUUUUAGUUCUACGACUUCUAGUUUGUCGUUCAAACUCGUGUCACGAAAUCGAUCGAAUCGCACAUGUCGCGCUCCCUCAUUUCCGUAGUGCUUCGAAAACGAGCAGAAGGGAGUCAUGCUAGUGAAUAUACUUAGGGAGCAUAAUAUCAAUAAAAGAUUUUUAUGGUGGCUUGGUCUUUGGCCGUUCCAAUAUAAGCUCAUGAGAUGUUGGUUACCAAUGUUGUUGUUUGCAAUUCAAAUAACUUAUUUGCCAUUUGAGAUAGUAACAUUAUAUAUGCACAGACACAAUGGGCAAAUAAUUUUUGAAAGCCUUUAUCAAAUAGUUGUAUCGUUAGCUUUCAUCACAAAGUUAUUAAAUCAGCUUUGGAAUCGCGACAAGUUUCGUCGUUUAUACGAAAUUAUGGAAGAUCAUUGGAAUAUAUUUACAAAUGAAAUGGACGUUAGAAUUUUGAAAAAUUACUCUCAUAUAUCACACAAAUUUACAAUACUUUAUUCAACACUAACAUACACAAUGAUGUCUUUGUUUAUAAUGAUACCCUCAUUAGGACCAAUGUUUCUCGAUAUCGUAUUACCUCUUAAUAAAUCGCGUCCGCGAAAUAUCGCGUUAUAUAGCGAAUAUGGAAUAGAUCGAGAUAAGUAUUUUUUCCCAAUCUUUUUACACACCUCUAUUGUGAUCAUUUUUGGUGUAAGUAUUAUGGUGGCUGUCGAUAGUAUGCAUAUAGUGUGUACCGCACAUGCAUGCAGCUUAUUUCAAAUUAUUGGUCGACAAAUCGAGAACAUAAUAUCGAAUAUGAAUACCGAUAACAAAAUGAACAAACUCGAACGUUACCCAAAUGAAGAAUAUAAAAUACUCAAUGAGAAAAUAAUAUAUCGAGAGUACAUCACGUGUAUAAAAAAACAUCAACUUACUUUAGAAUAUGUCAUCGUAUUAAAUGACACCCACAAGAUUGUUGGAUUUAGUUUUUUAUUUUUAAUUGGUGUGUGCUUUAGUCUAUUGGGAAUUCGAAUUGUCUAUGUGUUAGACCAAAUAGAAGAAAUGAUUAGAUUUAUGUGUAUAAUAACCGGAGCGUUAUUGCAACUGAUGAUCGUAUGUUAUUCUGGUCAGAAAUUAAUGGACGAAAGUCAGAAUAUAUUCCAUCGAGCAUAUGCGGCGGAAUGGUACAACUUCUCACCAAGGCUAAAAUCAUUGUUAAUCAUAAUUCUUCACAAAAGUAUUGUGCCGUGCAAACUGACAGCAGGUAAUUUGUUUCCGUUAUCAAUGGCGGUCUUCGCCGCGGUGAUACGAACGGGUAUAUCUUACUUCACGGCAUUCUUAUCAAUAAAAAAUUGAUCAGUUCCAAAAUAUAAAUAUUUAAUUAAUUCUUCACUAAUACGUCUUCGAUUCAAACAAAAAUGUACAUAAAAAUUCAAUUAACAUACUGUACCUUGGAAGAUGAGAAUAUAGUAUUAAAUUAAAAAGAUAA